AUGCUCGCCUGCUUGUGUGCGGACCCCUGGAACACUCCAGAAGGAGACGAAGUCCAUGUGUCUGAUGACCACAAUCUCAACGCCCUCGAUAGCAGCGAGCCGCCCCAGGAUCAUGCACAGCCGAAGAUGUCUUCGCUGGUGCCGCCCAUAAAGACAGUGGAGGAGGAAGACGAUGCACCGCCAGCUUUCGUUGCCACAGUGUCUGAUGAGAAAGCGCAGGUCUUUACGAUCGCCUUCUCGAAGUCUCAUGGUCAUGCGGGCAUAAAGUUCGCGUACGUGGACGAUCUGCUCGUUGUGGAGGACGUCGGUGCUGACCACAUUGCACAGUGGAACAGCAUGCAGAAGGAUGAGAUGGUCAGAGUACAGCCGAUGGAUCGCAUCGUCGCCAUCAACGAGAAGCGGG